UCUAGGACAUUUCGCCCCCCACGUUUCGCCCCUACACGUUUCGCCCCCACACGUUUCGCCCCCGGUACCAUUCGCCCCGAAAAUAUACAACGUGUUUUAGUUGCGGCUUUAUUAUGUGAAACAUUUUAAUGAGAACAAUCGGUACCUACCCAUGUAAUGAAAGAUGUCGGCAAGGAGUAGAUAUUUAGUACAACUAGGCUUAAAGAAAUACGAAGGUGAAAAUCAACAUGGAUCGGAAGAGGAGCAGCUGCACAAAGAUGAAAGUUUGAAGAUAGAACAAGAACGAGCAAGAUAUUUAGAAAGAGAAAAGACACCUGAGCCAGACGAGGAACAUUAUUUAGAUGCGUAUUGUGAUGCUGAAGACCCGUUUUCUUCCGAAAGUUUAUCGGACGAAUAUAACCCCAGUUCCGAUAACGAUUCUUCGCAUGAUUCUGAUGACAAUUCUGAAGUAGAAAAUUUGGCUCCAAGGAGUUCAAUAAGUAGACACAUUACCGCCGAGGACGACUUUAUUUCUCAAGAGAAAGACGUUUCAGGACUUUCAACUGAAGUACUCCGUGAUUUACAGGCUACAACUUCUGAUGCAAAAGUGAUUGGUAAGAAAAAAGUUUUCAAUUUGCCAGAAAAAAUAUCAAGAAAAAGAAAACGUCGCCCAGAGACAUGGACAAGAAAUGUCUCCGCAUUAGCCAGGCAACAAGGGAAACCAUACAUUUCACAGAAAUCCAAAAAAGAAAUGGCAGAAAAAAACCGGAAUUGGGAUUAUUAUGCAAGCACACAUGCAAAAAGAGAUGCAAUGAGAAAUUCAGUCAGAAUGACAGAGAACAAAUAUUCAGAAAAUUUUACAAGUUAG